AUGAGUUGGAAUGCAGUAAAAACUAGAAUCGGGUGUGGUGUGUGUGUUUUAGACGUUGCAGAUAGAUGGUUGUUAGGUGCAUCUGAAAGUUAUGGCACAGGCACGUCGUUUAUGGCAGAACUUCUCGCGGUGGAGCUCGGUUUACUGGUUUGUUGGGACCUUGGGUUACGCCAGGUAGCAUGCUAUACAGAUUUCUCUUAUGUUCGUGAUGUUCUCCAGGAGGAGGUGAGCAGUGAGCACUUCUGGGCUCGAGAUGUUAUUCAGCGUGUGCGCAGCUUGCUUCGUCGAGAUUGGAGGAUUAGUGUGCGUGUAAUUCCCCGUGAGAAGAACACUGCAGCGGAUUCACUGGCUCUUCAAGUUGCUUGA